UUGGUGGCGAAUGUGGCGCGGGGAUGCAAUGCUGGGGAAACGGCCAGGGCAAGAACUGGUGCUGCUUCCCCUCCGGGAGCAAACCAAACGACUUCCGAGCGGAAGGCGAAGUUCAAUGGGGCCCCAAAGCGUGCUGCAACGGGGAAUGGAUGGACAUGGGGAUGGGGCAGCAUCGGGUCAUCGGCACCUGCGGCUAG